AUGUUCCGUCGUCUAGUACGUGCCACACCUUCCAAUGCUCUCGUCGCCACAGCAGCGGCAGCGGCAGCCUCAUCAUCAUUACCAUUCACAUGCAUGACAACCAGAAGGAAUAUGAGUACAACACGUCCUUCUUUGGAACGUAUUAAAGUUACGGGUAAAGUGGUGGAUAUGGACGGUGAUGAGAUGACACGUAUUAUUUGGGCUCUCAUCAAGGAGAAACUCAUUCUUCCUUAUGUGGAUGUUCCUAUUGAAUACUAUGAUCUUAGCAUCACCAGUCGUGAUGCCACCAAUGAUAAGAUUACGGAACAGGCAGCGGAAGCUAUUCUUCGUUAUAAUGUGGGAAUUAAGUGUGCCACUAUUACCCCAGAUGAGGCUCGUGUGAAGGAAUUUAAUCUUAAGAAGAUGUGGAAAAGCCCUAAUGGAACUAUUCGUAAUAUUCUCGGUGGUACUGUAUUUCGUGAACCCAUUAUUAUUAAGAAUAUCCCACGUGUGGUUCCACAAUGGGAAAAUCCUAUCAUUGUUGGUCGACAUGCCUUUGGUGAUCAAUACAAGGCAACAGAUGCGGUAUUUCCCCCUGGUAAAUUGGAACUUGUGCAUACACCAACCGCUGGUGGUCCCCCAACGGUGUUGGAAGUAUAUGAAUUUAAAGGCGAAGGUGUGGGACUUGCAAUGUACAAUACCCGUGAAAGUGUAGAGGCAUUUGCCACGAGUUGUUUUGAGUAUGCAAUUAUGCGAAAAUACCCGUUGAUUCUCACCACUAAAAACACCAUUCUAAAGAAGUAUGAUGGACUCUUCCUUGACACCUUCCAGCGUCUAUAUGAGACCAAGUAUCAACCACAGUUUGAACAGCUUAAACUCACCUAUGCCCAUCGUCUCAUUGAUGAUCAAGUCGCCCAAACCCUGAAAGGCACUGGUGGAUUUGUGUGGGCCUGCAAGAACUACGACGGCGAUGUGCAGAGUGACAUUGUUGCGCAGGGAUUUGGAUCGCUGGGCCUCAUGACUUCCGUUCUUCUCUGCCCGGGCGGCCGCACCAUUGAGGCGGAGGCCGCCCACGGCACCGUCACCCGCCACUACCGCGAGCACCAAAAAGGAAAAGAAACGAGCACAAACUCCAUCGCCUCCAUCUUCGCGUGGACCCGCGGACUCGCCCACCGCGGGAAACUCGACGCGAACACGGCGCUGCUGGACUUCAGCGCCACCUUGGAGCGCGCAGUGGUGCGGACAGUCGAGGCGGGGCACAUGACGAAAGAUCUCGCACUCUGCGUGCAUGGGCAGAAUUUGCAGCGGGAGCAUUACGAGACAACAGAGGGAUUUCUCGACAGCGUCGCGGAUGAACUCGCACGCACUCUGAAGGCGUAA